AUGUCGACUACCAUCAAUCCUACUCAUAAUACUCCGUUAAGAGCUCCAUCAGUACCUUUAAAUAACAAUCAUAAUGAACCGUCGUACACAAGCAACCAUCAUCAUCACCAUGACAUCAACUCAGUCCAACCAGGUCCGGCGGGUGUGUCAAAGAAAGGGAAACAAAAGCGAAUGACGGACCCUAAUGAGGCCUCCAACCUAAUUGCUGCUAAAAUAUCGCAAUUAGAGUCAGAUGCUGCUGGAGACAAGGAACAGGAGGCUGAAAUUGAGCGAGAGGUCAAGAAACAGACUCGCGAAUUGAACAAUGCGACUGCCAAAAUGGAUCCACUCCAGAAAAUGGAAACUAUCCAUCGUCGAUAUACUGAGCUUCUUUCUCAAAUGAAGCGUCUCGAACGUGAAAAUCAGAAAAAUAAGAAGCGAGCCGACAUGCUGCAGAAAGAAAGGGACCACGGACGGAGUGAUUUGAGUAAAACAACUACUAUUAAGGAAAAGCUCGAAAAACUUUGUCGCGAAUUGCAGAAAGACAACAAUCGUCUCAAGGCUGAAAACAAGACCUUACAAGACGCAGAGAAGGACAACCAUAUGGCAUGGGAUAACAAGUUCAAGCAAGUUCUAUGGCAAUUAGAAGGGAUUCAAGAAGCUAAGGACAAUCCUCAAGCUCAAGUAGUUCAGGUUGAAGUCGAUGAACUUUUUCGACAACGCUUUAAGUCUUUAAUAGAGCAGUAUGAACUUCGUGAAUUACAUUUUCAUUCACUUCUCCGUACGAAAGAACUCGAGGUACAGGUUAGCAUGGGCCGAUACGACAGAGAGAAAAAGUUAGCAGAGGCUGAAGUUGCGCGAUCCCGGGCUCUGAACUCACAAGUGCUGACUUUCUCCAAAACGGAGAGUGAGCUAAGAAGUCAAUUAAAUAUUUACGUUGAGAAAUUUAAACAGGUCGAAGAUACGCUUAAUAACAGCAAUGACUUGUUUUUAACAUUUCGAAAAGAGAUGGAAGAAAUGUCCAAGAAAACAAAACGCCUUGAAAAGGAAAACACAAAUCUAACGCGAAAGCACGAUUUAACAAAUCAAAACAUUCUCAAGAUGGCCGAAGAAAGAACCAAAAUCAACGAAGACCUCCAGACCCUUCGAAAAAAAAAUGAGAAGCUAACAAGUAUUAUCAAUCAAAUGCAAAAACAAGGUCGGGGGGUCCCAGGUGGAAUGGCAAAUAUGGCAGUUGAAAAUACAGAAGCUGAUUACAUAGACGGGGAUUUAGUCGGUAAUGAAAGUGACUAUGAGUAUGAGAUAGAAGAAGAUGAAGAAGAAGAAGAUGACGAAGGGAGCGAAGGUGACGAAGGGAGUGAAGGCGAAUACAAUGAGGAUACAGAGGAGGAGAUACAUUUUGAUGAACCGAGGCCUUUCGGACCAAUGCCUCCGCCUUCUCUCCCGAUUCCUGGUGCUCCUACAUCAAACGGUAUUAAACAUUAA